AUGGCCAUCUCCUCGCGCCUGGCGCUCUGGGAGCAGAAGAUACGGGACGAGGACCGGGUGCCACCCCCAUCUGCCCUCCCCCUGCUCCUGUCGGUCAUCCCUGGGGGGUUCAUCAAGCAGCUCGUGCGGGAGACCGAGAAGGAGGCGAAGGCGGCAAAACUGAAGAAGGAAACCAAGCCCACAGGAGAGGACGGCGAGGCCCAAGCCGGGGACGGCCCAGCUGCUGGAGGCAAGGCGGUCAGCAAGGGGCAGUCGCUGCAGAACGGGCUGCACGCAGAGGGGCAGGGGGGCGAAGGGGUCGUGGCCCCCCCACGCAAGGAGUUGUGGCCCAGGAGGGCUGCGCUGGGGGCCGUCCCCAGCAAAGGCCCAUCCCCUGCGCCUGGCCCAGUAGCGGCUGUCCCCAAACCAGCGGAGACCCCUUGCCCGGAGGCUCCCAAGGCAGCGAAGCCGUCGUGCCCUGAGAAGAGCCCCAAGGACCCCCACCCGAGGGGCAGCCCCCCGCCUCCAGCCCCAGCACCCAGAAAGGACCCCCAGCGCUGCAGCAAAAUCCCAGCAAAGGAGGGAGACGCACCCAAGGGGACGGGCCCCGAGAGCACCAAGGAGGAGGGGGCACCCCUGAGCCACGAGGAGCCCCCAGCCAAGGAGACAGCCAAGAGGGAGCCGGGGCUGGCCAGGAAGGAGCCGGAGAAGAUGAAGAAAGAUGUCGAAGGUGGCAAGAAGGAGCCAAGGGAAAUCAAAAAGCCUGGAAAAACUGCAACCAAGUCAGAGGGGCUGAAGGGGGAGCCAGGAGGAAUCCAAGAAAAGUCAGAAGAUGUGGCAAAGGAGGUGGGGAAGGCGAAGGAAGAGCCAGGAGAGGGUAAAGAGACACCAGGAGAGAGCAAAGAAACAGGCGAGAGCACGGACAAGGAGCAGGCUCCAAGGGAUGUUUGGUACGAAGCGGAGAAGGUCUGGCUCAUCCAGCAGGAUGGAUUCACGCUCGCCACGCAGCUGAAGCCAGACGUGGGGACGCCCGAGCUGCCGGCAGGGAGGGUGAGGGUGCGCCGGGAGGCGGACGGCAGCGUCACCGAGGUGGAUGAGGACAGCGUGCAGCGGACUAACCCCCCCAGCCUGGAUUACGCCGAGGACCUGGCUGCGCUCGUCAACCUUAACGAGUGCAGCGCCAUGAACACGCUGCAGCAGCGCUACCAGGCCCGGCUGCCCUACACCCGCGCCGGGCCCAGCCUCGUGGCCAUCAGGCCCAGCUUCGCCGCCAGCAGCACCUCGGGGAAGGUGUUCAAGGGGAAGCGGGACAACAUGCCCCCGCACAUCUGCUCGGUGGCACAGAGAGCCUACAGGAACCUGCUGAUGCAGCGGCAGGAUCAGGCCAUCGUGCCCCUGGGGCGCAGCGGGGCUGGCAAGACCACGUGCUGCCAGAGCGCCCUGGAGUAUCUGGUGGGCAUGGCGGGCAGUGUGGACAGCACGGUCUCAGUGGAGAAGAUCCAGGCGAUGUUCACAGUCCUGGGAGCCUUUGGGUCAGUGACCACCGGCCACAGCAGCAGCUCCACGCGCUUCUCCAUGGUCCUGUCACUGGAUUUCAGUGCCACCGGCCAUAUAACCGCUGCUCACCUCCAGACCAUGCUGCUGGAGAGGGGCCGCGUCGCCCAGCAGCCCAACGGUGAGAGCAGCUUCAACAUCUUCCCCCUGAUGCUGGCAGGGCUGGAUGCGGCACACAGGACGGUGCUGCACUUGCACCAGGUGGCUGAAAGCAACUCCUUUGGGAUCAAGCCGUUUGUGAAGCCUGAGGAGAAGCAGAAAGCCUCGGUGGCAUUUGCCCAGCUCCGGGCUGCCAUGGGCACGCUGGGCAUCACGGCGGAGGAGCAGGCAGCCAUCUGGCGCGUCUUAGCCGGCAUCUACCACCUGGGAGCCGCCGGCGCCUGUAAAGUUGGCAGGAAGCAGUUCAUGAAGUUCGAGUGUGCGAACAACGCUGCAGAGGUGCUGGGCUGCGACGUGGAGGAGCUCACCACCGCUGUCUUCAAACACCACCUGAAGCAGAUCCUGGCGCAGGUGACGGCACGGGGCCACCGGCUGCCCCUGGCAGAGGACAGCCCAGCAGGGCCGAAGAUGACGGGUGUGGAGUGCGUGGAGGGGAUGGCGUCGGGUCUCUAUGAAGAGCUCUUUGCCGCAGUCGUCUCGCUGAUCAACAGGUCUUUCUCCUCCCAGCACCUCUCCAUGGCCUCCAUUGCAGUGGUGGACACUCCUGGCUUUCACAACCCACGGCACCAUCGGGGCGAGCGAGCGGCGACUUUUGAAGAGCUCUACCACAACUAUGUGCACGAGCGGCUGCAGGCUCUCUUCUACGAGAAAACCUUUGUUGUGGAAAUGGAAAGGUACAGAGAGGAAAAUGUUGAGGUGUCUUUUGAUCUUCCAGAGCGCUCUCCACUGGCCACGCUGUCCAUCAUCGACAUGAGCUCCUCACAGUCGCAGGUGCUGCCCGGCAGCCCGGGGGACAAUCGCAAGGGUUUGCUGUGGAUCCUGGACGAGGAGGUGCUGAUCCCAGGCUCUGGGGACGGCACUGCCUUCGACCGCCUGUGCUCCUACUUUGCCACGAAGGGACCUGACCAGGAGGGGGAUGGCUACAUGCGCAGGUGUGAGCAGGCGCUGCACUUCGAGAUCUCCCACCAGCUGGGCACGGACCCCGUGCGCUACGACCUCACGGGCUGGGUCAGCAAAGCCAAGCUCAACCUCUCAGCACAAAACGCCAUCCAGGUGCUGCAGCGGUCCACGGUAGACGCCGUGAAGGAGCUGGUGUUGCCGCGCUCACGGGUGCCGCUGGCCUGCCGCGCCGUGGCAGGGCUGGAGGGACACUCUCAGGCGGUCCUGCACCGCAAUGGCUGCGUGAGGAAGACCUUUGCCAGCAGCUUCGCAGCUGUGAAGAAGAGGUCGGUGUGUGCUCAGCUCAAACUGCAGGCGGACGCGCUCAUGAACCUUCUCCGACGGUCCCAGCUGCACUUCGUCCACUGCUUUCUCCCGGGAGGGGGGUCGGAGGGGCCAGUUCCUCGGCCCCCCGCGCCGCCCGAUGCAGCCCUGCGGCUGGACGUGCCGACCCUGCAAGCCCAGCUGGAGGGGUCUCAGCUCCUGGAUGCCCUGCGCCUCCACCGCGUCGGGUAUGCGGAUCGCCUGCUCCUGACCCAGUUCCGACGGCGCUUCCAGGUUCUGACUCCGGACGUCAUGAAGAAAUACACCUCUGCCUACGAGGUGCCGGAUGAGAGCAAGGCUAUAGAGGAGCUCUUCCAGGCGCUGGACCUGGAGAAGAAGAGCGUUGCCAUAGGACGCAGCCAGGUUUUCCUGAAGCCAGGGGUCAUCUCCAGACUGGAGAAGCAACGUGACAAGCUGAUAGCCCAGAAGAUGCUCCUGCUCCAGGCUGCUUGCAAGGGCUUCCUCAGCCGUCAGAAGUUCAAGAGGUUGAAGAUCCAGCGCCUUGCCGUCCGCUGCAUCCAGAAGAACCUGGUGGUCUUCCAGGCAGUCAGGCACUGGCCCUGGUGGCAGCUCCUGAGCCGCGUGCGGCCCUUGCUCAGCGUAAACCUCGCGGAGGAUCAGCUCCGUGCAAAAGAAGAGGAGCUGACGGCGCUGAGAAGGAAGCUGGACAAAUCUGAGCAGGCAUGCAGCGAGCUCAGGCAGACCACAGAGAAGCUGGAGAGCAAGAUCAUCGACCUGACGACGGAGCUGUCGGACGAGCGGUACAAGGGCGACGUUGCCUGCCAGGUCCUGGAUGGGGAGCGGGCAGAGAGGCUGCGGGGUGCCCGCGAGCUGCAGGAGCUGCAGAGCAAACACGACCAAGUGCAGAAGAAACUGGAGUUGGUGGAAAGGCAGCUGGAAGAGGCCCAGCAGCUGGUUCAGCUGCGUGAGAUGAAGAUAAGCGGCUCUGGAGGAGAGGACGAGUGGCAAGUGCGCUUUGACUGCGCGCAGACAGAGAUCGCCUUCCUGCGGAAGCGGCUGGUGCAGCUGGAGGAGCGGCUGGAGUCCGAGCUGGGCGCCAGGAUGGGGCUUGAGCAAAAGCUCGGUGAGGUGCAGGCAGCAUGCGAGGCAGCCAAGAAGGUGUCCCAGCAGCUGCGGCGGCGGUGCAGGCGGCUGGCCUGUGAGCUGGAGGACGCGCGGGUGCUUGCCGAGAGCCAGCAGAGCCGCAGCCACGAGCUGGAGAAGAGGCAGAAGAAGUUUGACCUACAGUUAGCCCAGGCCCUGGGGGAGUCUGCCUUUGAGAAGAGCCUCCGUGAAAAAGUGUCUCAUGAGAACACCAACAUCCGAUGGGAGAUGGGCAAACUUCAGCAGAGCUUAGAGCAGAAGGAGGCGGAGGCGGCCAGCCUGGCGCAGCGGGUGACCGUGCUGGCCGGCCGGGUGCAGGAGCUCAGCACCCCCAAUGCCCUGGAUGCCCGCGCCAUGCCCGUGCUCAAGAAGCAGCUCUGGGACCUGGAGGCAAGUGCUGCUGAGCAGCGGAAAGAGCUGGAGCGGCAAACGGCCGCGGUCGAUCACCUGGAGCAGCUCCACCAGAGGCUGGAGCUGGAGAUAGAGCGGAUGAAGCAGAUCCACCAGAAGGAGCUGGAAGACAAGGACGAGGAGCUGGAGGAUGUGCGGCAGUCCUGCCAGAGGAGGCUCCGGCAGCUGGAGAUGCAGCUGGAACAGGAGUACGAGGAGAAGCAGAUGGUGCUGCACGAGAAGCAAGACCUGGAGGGGCUCGUUGGCACCCUGUGCGAGCAGAUUGGCCACCGUGACUUCGACGUGGAGAAGCGGCUGCGGCGGGACCUGCGGCGGACGCGUGCCCUGCUCGCCGACGUGCAGCUGCUGCUGGCAGCCCCCGGGGAGCCCGGUGCCAGCACCCAGGAGCUGGAGCGGCUGCGCAAGCAGUUGGAAGAGAGCGAAGCAAAGUGCGCAGAGGUCCAGAAGUCCCAGCAGACAGCGGCCCUGGAGCUGGAGAACUUACAUACAGAGCUGGAGACCCUCAGCAGAAACAAGACCCUGGUGGACGAGCAGCUGUACCAGCUGCAGCACGAGAGAGCCGACCUCCUGAAACGCAUCGAUGAGGACCAGGAAGACCUGAACGAGCUCAUGGAAAAGCACAAGGCUCUGAUUGCCCAGUCGGCAACGGAUAUCGCUCAGAUCCGGGAGCUGCAGACACAGGUGGAAGAUGUGAAGAAAGAAAAGCAGAGCCUUCAGGAGAAGCUGCACGCAGCGCAGGCAAGAGCAGUGCACCUGGAGCAGUGCCCAGCCGAGCGCUCCAUCAUCAGCCGGCAGGAAGCCCGCAUCCGCGACCUGGAGAGCCAGCUGGACUUCCAGGCUGUGCAGAUGAAGCGCUUUGAGGUGCUGGUACUGCGCUUGCGAGACAGCAUCAUAAAGAUGGGCGAGGAGCUGGAGAAGGCGGCCGAGUCAGAGGCGCGGGAGAAGGAGAGCACCAGGUACUACCAGAAGAGGAUGGAGGAGAUGAAGGCUGACAUGGACGAGCUGGUGCAGAGGGAGCUGGAGUCCAGCCGUCGGCGUGUGGAGCUGGAGCAGCAGCUGGCGGAGCUGGCGGCGGUGCGGCAGGUCUUGCAGGCUGACCUGGGGACCUCCAUCCGGCGCAUCGCCGAUCUGCAGGUGGCCCUGGAGGAGCUGCGGUCCAGCGACGAGAGCGAUGCCGAGAGCGUGCAGACGGCGCGGGAGUCGCUCUGCUCCAGGAGAGAGACGGAUGCCUGCUCCAGCAUCGGCUCCACGCUGAGUCUGGAGCCCGCAGAGAGCAUCAAGUCCUGGCCGAGUUCAUCCGUGGGCUGGUCCUCCCCGGCGGGUGCCAGCGUGGCCGGGAGCCUCUCGGCACAGUCCGUCGGCAGCCGCAGCACCCAGGGCCCAAGGGUGAGCAGAGACACAAAGGAGCCAGCACCGAGCCGGCCAGCUUCUUCCCAGAGCACUGCCAGGUCUGUCGAUGCUGCGGAUCUGGGGAGGAUGGCAAGUCCCUUGCUCGGUGCUAGAAGACGGGCAUACGGAAAACUCCCGGCAGACGAAGAGGAGCUGGAAAGCCCAAAAAAGCCUGCGGGUAGGAUAGGAGAGACGUCCCCGUCGGUGCUGCGGCGGGGGGGCUCCCCCGCCCCGGACCGGAGGUUCCCCAGCCCACUGUCUCCGACGGUGCCGAGGAGGAGGGGGGUCUCUCCGUCAGCAGGGCCCGUGCCCAGCUCCUCGGCCGCCCUCUCCGAGUACGUGGAGGAGCUGCGGCGGCAGCGGGUAGCGGAGCGGGAGCAAGGGCACCCGGUGCUGGGUGACACCUCUCCCCUCCCUAUUUACCGCACCACCGGUGCCGCAGCCCUGCGUCGUUGCAGGGCUUUCCCGGUGGCGGAGGAUUCCCUGGGGAAGCUGGAGGGGAAUCUGCCAGGGGAAGGGGAAGCAGCAGGCGCCAGCCUCAUGCGCUCCUCCAGCCUGCGAAGCAUGGCCUCGGAGCCAGCCGAGCCGGCACGCUCUCCAGUGCUGAAAAGAGCAUCAAAGUUUGGCUCCUACGAUUCCCUCCUGCAAACCCUCGAUGGCUCCGGCCGCUGGCCGAGCUAUUCGGCCGCAGGGAUGGAGGUGCUGGGCGUGCCGCGGCCGAGCUCCUGGAGAAGGUACCUGGAGCCGUCGGUGGAAGAUGUGGAGGUGGGAAGGGGCUCUGGGGGGCUCCUGAGCUCACCAUCCAGCGACGGGCUGGGCGAGGGGAAGGGGAGCGACCCCUUCAGCUGGCGAAUACCCACCCUCAACUACGAGAGGAGAACCAAUGUUGACUUCGACGACUUCCUCCCAGCCAUUCGCAAAUCUCGCUCCACCAGCAGCCUGGCCAAGCCCGGGAGGGACAGAAAGGAUGGACACCGGCCCCUCACUGUCCGCUUCGAGGAUGAGGCCAUAGCGGGCAGCUCAGCAUCCUCUGAGACGAAGGGCAUGGUCAAGCGCAGCCCAGUCCCCCGGGAGGACCCCGGGGACCUCUCUGACUCCUCCUCAUCCUCUGGCUCCCUCCUGUCCUCUCGGAGCGCUGACAGCAUCAAGCGCCGGCCGCAGCCCCAGAGAGGGGACGGGGAGGGAUGCAGCGGCAAAGCCAGCACCCAGAGCAGUGGGAUGAGCCACCGGGCGGAGGCAGAAGGGAAGGAAGACGAUGUCAACAGCAUCAUGAGGAAGUAUCUGGGAAAAGACUAA